GCGCCAGUGUCGAGCCCGCGAUCGUGGCGAGCGUACGCGUUUUUCGUACGCACCGUUCACGCAAGGCACACAUACACGCACGCGCGCGCGAAUAGCACACACACACACAUAGAGACAUACGUACGCACAGCUAACGGUAAUCGUAGUCUCUCGUAAACCGUGCACGCGUAUCAGCCGCAACGAGGACUUAGGAAGCAAAACGAAGACAUUUUAUUUUUCUUCGAGGCAAGAUCGAAGAAGAAAUCGACAACUACAGUGACCGGUGAUGAUCGUGCUGCGAUGAACGAACAAGGAACUCGCUGAGAGGACGUUGACCUUUUCCGUGACAUUUUUUCGAAUUUUCUCUUCGCCGUGGAAACUGUUAAAAGAAACGGAGGAGAGUGAGAGUAACUUGUGAUAUGAGUGACGAACGCGCGAUCUUUCGUUUCCCUUGGCAGAGAUCGAUUCGUGUACGCGUCGCUAAAAAUACGCCGAUCGAGUGACAGAAAAGUCGAUAAAGGAGCCAAACUCAGCCGAGGAGAAGCUCCCGGUGCGAGGAGACGCGUCGCAGAAACGCGUGCAGCCACGUCCACGCGCCGCGUGACAUCAUCCGUGAUCGCGCGAGAAAGUCGCGACGAAGCUGGAGAAGCGACGACGAGGAGAGACGACGGAUUCAAGGUGGAAAGAAAGAUGCGGUGUCCUUCCCUCGCCGUUUUCGUCGCCGUCCUAACGACCAUACGAGCUCAAGGGGUCACGCGAACAUUUUCGACUAGGCCUUACCGAGGAGGUCCAGCUAUCCCCGUGAGGGCGGUUCUUCGAGGUACGGCCGAGCUACCCUGCGAUAUUCGUCCACCACGACACAACGACUCGACCGUUUCGGGACACGACUCUGCCAUUUUGGUCGUCUGGUACAAGAACGACAUGACACCCAUCUACAGUUACGAUAUGAGGGGAAAACAUUCAGAGAAGGCAUCGCAUUGGAAGAACAAGGAGCAUUUGAACGAGUUCACGCACUUUCGAAUGAAUACUGAUCCAGCUAUGCUAGUCAUCAGUGACGUCGAGGAAAAGGACGAGGGAGAUUAUAGAUGUCGAGUGGAUUUCACCAAGAGUCCCACGAGAAACUCAAGGAUUUAUCUGACUAUCAUUGUACCACCGCACAAGCCAAACAUCAUCGACGAACGUGGGAAAACUGUAUCGACCGUGGCCGGACCAUACGAGGAAGGCGGCGAUAUGAAGUUAACGUGCUUAGUAUCAGGAGGUCGUCCAGAACCUACGGUAAAAUGGUGGCGAGGAGAAACCCUAUUAGAUUCGAAGGACGUGCCAGGAGAGUUUCCAUCCCUUCGUCGAAACACUCUGGUCGUGACCGAUCUCUCCAGAGCGGAUCUCCACGCUGUCUUCACCUGUCAGGCUUCCAACAAUAACAUCAGUCAACCGGAGUCGGCCUCGGUCGCGAUCGAAAUGCAUCUGAGACCUUUGAGCGUGAGUAUACUUAGUAGCGAGCAUGCACCACUCAGCGCGGAUCGGAAAUACAAUAUCAGUUGUAUGACCGUCGGUUCAAGGCCACCGGCUAAACUAUCCUGGUAUAUGGAUGGCGACAAGAUGGAAAACUAUACGGAGAGGGUAUCGGCCGAUGGCAAUAUGACGAAUUCCAUCUUUACCUUCAAGCCUACUCUAUUCGACCACAACAAAAUGUUGACCUGCAGAUCCGAGAAUUACAAGGUUCACGGUGGUGUCAUCGAGGACACCUGGAAACUGAACGUUUUUUUCGUUCCUAUCUUACGAUUGGGGCUUGGUUCCAACAUGAAUCCCGACGACAUAGAGGAAGGCGAUGAUGUCUACUUUGAAUGUAAGGUUCGUGCGAAUCCCUGGGCUUACAAAGUCGUCUGGAAGCACAACGGCAACGUCAUUCAGAACAACGCGAAGAACGGCGUGAUAGUGCAACAAUACGAUCUCGCUCUAAGAAAAGUCAAUCGUUCCCAGGCCGGAAAUUACACCUGCGUCGCCAGCAACGUCGAGGGCGAUGGUUAUAGCAAUAGUGUCGAGCUCAAAAUCAUGUACAAGCCAAUCUGCGUGGCCGAACAAAAGCGCAUAUAUGGAGUGGCACGUCACGAGGACGCAGGGGUGGUCUGCAGGGUCGAAGCGUAUCCACCUCCCGAAAGCUUUCGGUGGGCCUUCAACAAUACCGAGGAGAUGGUCGACGUGCCCCAGGCGCGUUACAAGAACUCUACUCGGCACAGCCAAAGCGUCCUCACGUACAGACCGGUCACGGAAAUGGACUAUGGCACUGUGCUUUGUUGGGCGAGCAACACUGCCGGCCAGCAGAAGAACGCUUGCAUAUUUCACAUCAUACCCGCGGGGAAACCAGAAUCUCCUUACAAUUGCACGCUGACCAAUCAAACAACCCAAUCACUUUCGGUGGAAUGCACCGCAGGUUUCGACGGAGGUCAACCGCAACAUUUCUUUCUAGAGGUGUUCGAUCAAGAAACGGGUCUUCUACGGGCUAAUGAAACCAGCGAUAACCCACAGUUUACUGUAAAAGGGUUGGAACCGGGCAAAGUUCUCAACAUGAUAUUGUACGCCGUAAAUGCGAAAGGAAGAAGCGAACUGAUCUUGCUCGAAGGUUUUACUUUAAAAGUGGCCGAGAAGCAGACCGUGCGCGUUUUGUUUACAGGUACUCCGGUGCCGUUCGAAAUAACACCUCUGUUAGCUGGUCUUAUCGGUGUAAUUAGCGCCAUGCUUUUAGUUACCGGAACAAUCUUAGCAGCUCUCAAAGUACGAAGCGAGAGACGAGCUCAGAGACCAGGUGAUUUGCCUUUGAAAAAAGCUACAGCACCUAGUUCCGAAGAUCUUUACGAUGCGGAUGAUAGAAAUCCGGACGUUGUACCAACUAAUAAAGAUUCAGAUUAUCAACUGACUGGAUCAACAUCGGGUACACCACUGGCAACGCAAGACACACCGGAUGGUCUACCACCGUCUUCACUUCCAACGCAGCAGAACAAUCAUCUUCAGGGACUUACCGGUUACAACGAAUACAACAAUUAUCCAACCUUACCGUUAUCUGGGGAAGUGACGUAUGCAGAACUCUGCUUAGCGAGGCCAACCACUUUGUCGACUUUGGGAACGGAUACGAAACUAGCAAAUUUAGGAAGCGUUACCGGUCUCGGAGGUCUUCAGGGAUAUGGAAGCGGUGUUAUCGUCGGCGGAAAAUCGUACGCAAAGGAGGCGACGGUAUACGCUUGCAUAGACCACAGCGCAAGGCCACCGAAAAUAGACACGGUGAAGAGUACAUCUUCGUGCGGAAGUACGCCGCUCUCGACGAUGAGCGGACUUCUGCAUGACUCGACGGUGACCGGAAUGACCGGUGUCACCGGAUUGACCGGUACUACGAGCAAGCAUCCGGCAAGGGAAGUCGUCACCGUUCGCACGCCACUUAUUUCGAGCCAGGAAAGCUGCGUAUAGGGACGCGAUUCCGACGCGCUCGGCGUUAACGAAUAUUACGUCUGAUAUGGUCGCGUCGCAUCCCACGCCAAAGAGUCUUCUCCGAACCGGGAGCCGUUCAAACACAUACCGCAAAUUGCUACAACAGGUAUGCCAGUAGCCACCCACGACACAUCUUCUUACAUUCUUAUUACUCGCAUUCUUUCUCCGUGCGUCGCCUAAAACCCAUUCCCUUCUCUUUCUUAACAUAAAAGGAUUUUCUCCCCAUCCGAUCUUCCCUUCCUAUUCUUCUUCUAAUUCCUACAUCUUCGACAUUACGAUAACGACGACGACGAUAAGGACGACGACGACGACGACGACGUUGACAAAAGACGAAACUAUUUCACGGAACAUCGAUCCCAAGAUUCUUUCACAAUCUUGCGUGCCUAUUGUACACGCCUAUUAGCAUAGGUACAUACUUACGUUUCUCUGCCUAAAUUAAAAACGAGAAAUAAAUGCUAUGGAGAAACGUUGAUAAGAAGAUGAUUUUUAGAUCGGCUUCUCGUACAAUUUUCACGAGAGACCAAAGCCCGUUUUUUGCGCGAUUCGAUACGCUUCUUUCGUUUUCGCCGCAACAACGAUGACGACGACGAUGACAACGACGACGACGACGACGACGACGACGACGACGACGACGACGACAAUGACGACGACGAUUAAGAUGCCGGUCGUCGACCUUCAUUGGACGCGGAAAAACGCGGAAUUUGAAAUUUGCGGACGGAUGUGCUGUCCUACCGACUGACGACGAACGCGCACAACGUCGAAACUGGCACGGAAGCGACGCGGUCGUUCGCACGAUAGAUACCUAUAUACAUAUGUGUAUGUAUCUAUAUAAAAGGUAUAUACCGAGAUGAAUUUUCUUAUUUGGAACAUUUCGCGAUCGGUAAAACUCGACGCCGCAUGUGACGACGUGCAUCGUAUGCACGAACGCUAACGGGUGUCCAUUAUCGUACGAAUGUAUCAACCUUUUUCCGCGUACUCAAGCGCGAAUCUUGUAAAUACCUUGUACAUAACGAUGCGACGAGUGGGGGAAAAGUUUAAUUGUGUGACGAGUAAUAAUAAAGACAGGGACGAAGGACUGUCGUCGAUAUAGUUCUCUUCGCGACAAGACAAAUAUGGACGAAUGUAAUAACACGUCGCGAUCCGAUGCAAAUUGGUACGUUGGAAAUUUUUCCAUGACAAUAAUUUCUUUUCGUCGAUCUCUCUUUACACAUUGUCCAACCCAUACCCGCAUGUUUCUACGCGUUUCUCAAUGCCGCUCGUUACGUUUUCUCCGAUCGACUUAUUUCUCGAUCGAUUAUUAAAUUUUUACACACUCGAAUCUCAAUCGACUUCGUUAGAUAAAAAAAAAGGAAAAAAGAAAAAAAAAAAGAAAAAAAAAGAAAGAAAGGGUAAGAAAGAUUUGCUCUUUCACCGACUCUCUCGACUGCUCGCGACUGAAUUACGUCAACGUACACAAACGAUAUUCGUAUAGUGCGAAAAGGACGUCGAAACGAGGACACGUUCCUUCGUUUUAUUCACCUUUAUCCAUUGUAAAAUAUAUUCUCCUCCGAUGUACAGCGCCGAUAUUUUUUCAAAGUGCGCGUAAGCGAUACCUCCGCGCGAUGUGAAUUGAGCAAAGAGGCGAUAAUUACGGAAAGAAAACGAGUGUAUAAUUAAUAAACGUUCGAAGUAAAUUUAAGCAGAGCAAAUAUAAAGAUAUAUUAUAUAUAUAUAAAUAUAUAUAUAUAUAUAUGUAUAUGUAUGUACGAAUGUAUGCGUAUGUGUAUGUGUGUGUGCGAGUAUGCAUGUAUACAUGAAAAGCAAGCGCGAAACUAUAUUAUCGGUGGAGUGCCGAUCCUUCCGACGUAUAAUUCAAAAUACGUGUACUGCUGGUAUUGAAGAUUAAGUGAAACAUCGAUUUUACUUAAAAGCUCGUUUCGAAUAAUAGCUAUGUUAUUUUCAUUUCCUUUCAUCUCGAAGUUUCGCCGAAAUAAUCGGAGAGAUAUGCGAUUAUUGAUUCAUUGAAUUAUGUUGUCCCACUAUUCAUCAGGAUAAUCGGUGCUCCACUACAUAUAUCUUUAUUCCACGUGCGUACGAAUGCACGAAAGACUAUCGAGAAAUUGCGAGCGAAUACGGGCCAGUACGAAAGCAACAAGGUAUAACGAGUUUAUCUUCGCCAUUUUUGAUAUUUUUCAUUCAACAUCGAUACCUCGUAAUUUUUUUUCCAUCGGCCUCUUUUUAACGAUAAUGUCACUGUACGCUUAUUGCUAAGCUUCGAACUUUUGAAUACAUCUAUUUAUAGAAUUCGAUUAGUUCGAUUAAUUCGAGUUUGAAUUCUUCGAAUAGUUUCUAUUGACUCGUCCUCGAAUGACUCGACUUCGUACGUUUUAUUUUCCCCUUCGUAGAUAGAAUCAUUUAACGUGUAUUAUCAUUGCCAUGCACAAUAUGGAAGGGAACAAGGCGAAAAUAUUUUUCAUCGUAACUUGUCGCAAACAAUUCAAUAUUUUGGGUUUACCGCGAUAGAUCGUAGGAACAAGGAGGAAACCAAUGAAUAUGCAAUGUAAUGCGGAGUCAGUGUGCAUAUAGUUUAAAAGGGAUCAAGAAAAUACACGGGAUGACAACCUACCCACGUACAUCACUAAAUUUCGUUUCAUUGCCUUUUAUCUGGGAAUAAUUUUAAUACUAAAAUAUUAUUCCUCUUAACGCUCAAAAAACACUUUGAAUAUUCCGGACUCCUUUAUCGUUGUUCGGACUAUGAAAAGGAAACGCUGAAUAUGCAAUUCAAAGAAAGCCGAUGUGUACGUCUGCAUGCGCGCUUGUGAAAAAUAUAGAGGGGAAAAAAGAAAAAGAUAGAACGAGAUACAUGAAGAGAGAGAAAGAGAGAGAGAGGGAUAGAUAGAUAGAUAGAUAGAUAGAUAGAUAGAUAGAUAGAUAGAUAGAUAGAUAAUAAAGAGAGAGAGAAAGAGAGAGAGAGAGAGAGAGAGAGAGAGAGAGAGAGAGAGAGAGAGAGAGAGAGAGAGAGUGAAAAGCUAAGGUAAAGAUCGAAAGAUUGCUACGUGUAAAAAUGAUUUUAACGAAGUUACACUUACAUAGGUAUAUACAUAUUGCACGUAUAAAUACGUAUACUUAAACUAGAUAUUGAACAUUAGAUUUUAAAAUAAUUACUAUGCGCUGUUAGUCCCUGUGAAAAUGGCUGGGAAUUAUUAAAGGUCGAAGAGAUAUGAGAAACUCGGCCGCUAACGUCCCAACUAUAUUUCGCGGAGUUAAAAGUUCCAGAAAUAGAGUCACUAGGUCGACGAAGCCAGGCUUCAUUCGCUUUUUCAUCUCAUCAAUGUACUCAACGAGAGAUUGAUUUCAAAAGAGAUCACCGGUUCUGAACAGUCGUAACCCAUUUGCCAAAUCAUUUCGGAUUUAAAGGUCAAUUUUGAAGAACGCUUAUGAAUUUCUACGUAAAUACCUAUGAAUACGUGACAUAUUGCACAAAAUCAUAACUCGCGAAAUCGUGAAAGAAAGUGACAAUACCUGCCUGACAGUUGUUGAUACAGGCGGAUAAUUGUGUUUCUUCUCUCUUCGUCCGUCUCUCUGUCUUUCUUUCUCUUUCUCUCUCUCUCUUUCUCUCUCUCUCUCUCUCUCUCUUUUUCUUUUUUUCUUCUCUUUCUGUCUAUCUUCUUUUUGUUUUUGCGCGAAUUCGCGUUAUGAAUGCGAUCAUUUGUGUCCUUCAGUUUUUGUUCCUGCGUCCCGAGGAUUUAUACGAAUCGAAAGAGAUCCUAUAAUAUGUUACACUUUUUUGUAACAUCCACGGACGAGUAUUAUUAUUCUCUUCAACAAACUACAUUUCCACGAAGCAUGUUUGUCACGAUGUUAUCAUUACUAUUAUUCAUCCUUAUCGUGUGUCACACACUGUCGUCCUUAAAUUAAUAAUUUUUCUACGCGAAAGCUGUGCGCAACGGCAUAGAUUUUUUAUAUAAUUAUACGUCAAAGUUCGUCUACGAAGCGAAGACGCGUGCAUGCAUGUGUGAGUGUAUGUGUGAGAAAGAGAAAGAGAGAGAGAGAGAGAGAGAGAGAUAACUGAUAAAACAAAAAAAAAGAAAAAAAAAUAGUCGUUCGAAGCGUGCGUUCACGCACGAAAUUUUGCGCUUCCGUUUACGUUUCCCAAUGUUCGAAUUGAGCUCUCGACGAGUGAAACGUACGUGCGCUGAAAAUUGAAAUUACGACGACCAUAUUACGUGUAUUUACAAUAAUUAUAGAUCUCUCUCUAUAAAUAUAUACACAUCAGCAUAAUCCGAAUAAACGUGUUGAUAUGAAAAGCCA